UUAUGCAUAUAACACAUAUUGUGUUUAAUCAAAUUAAAGGUCAACGACUGUACAAUACAAAUGAAGCAGUUCAAUGUGAAAAUACAUCAGGUUCCACUAUAUAUUUUUCGGAUUCUACAAAAAAACACAAAGGAUCAUCACAAGUUUCAAACUUGAACUCCACAUCAUCUCAACAAGAUGCAAAUGACAACGAUACUUCAUACGAAAUAGAUGAAGAACCAUGCAUCGUUACAAAAGAAAAAAAUCGAAACAAUGUAGUACAUAAUCGACAUGUUAAUAAAAUUAAGGAAGUUGAUCGAUCUAACAUAUAUGCGCGAGAAAAUCGAUAUACAAAUGAGGAAAAAGAAAAUAACAAUUUAAAUGAUCAGUCUUCACAAGCUGCAAUUAUGGAUCAUUUAAAGAGAUUGACUAGAGAAAUAGCAACUGUAAAAUACGAUAUGAGACAAGCACUAUCUCUAUUGGAUAUUUUAGUGGACAAAAGCAACAGAAGCACAGAAUGUGAAAAUACGAGAUUUUCUUACAAAGGCGCUGAAAAUCGAUUUCCUUUAGAAACUAGAGCCCAAUUAACGGAAAUUGAGGAAAUUUUAAAAACUGCUAAUUCCCAAGAGAACACUGAAAUAGAUCCAUACUUCACAAUAUCUCGGAUUCUGAUCGAACAAAAAUACAACGAAGAGUCAUGGAGUGGUUUAGGCAUUCCAAGGCAAGACACAAUAAUGAAAAAAAGCGGACCGUUAGAGACGAAAACAAUGGUUCACCCGAUCGCCAUUCAUCAAUGGAAAAUUCAAAUUAAUAUAAUCUAUCAAAGAUCUUAA